GUAAAUCGAGUUUGGCCGAGAGCAGCCACGGACAAUUCGUUUGCCAUCCUAAAUCACGCCUCUAAAUCUCUGUAGCUAAAGAUGCCGAGCACGAGGGAUUAUAUUUCCUCACAUAUUCCUGUUGUUUUUGAUUUUUUUUUUUUGUCUCUUGAUUUGGCGAAGUGCUUCAAAUUCCACAAUGAGUGAAAUGUGCAUCUUUUCCAUAUAAACUCGUACUAGAGCCAUCAGAUUUCACGAGAGAUGCGUUCUCUCAAGCCAUUUUAGAAGGUUUGUGUUCAGGUUAUUCAGCCAAGGCUGAAGUAGCAGGCCAGCGUUUUCUGUUGGACCAGUUUUUGAUGUUGUAUUGUAGCUGCUCGUCAUUAUGUUUUCGUUGGAUUGCGCGCUCUAUUGUCUGUUCACGCUAAAAGAGAGCAAUACAGAGUCUAGGUUUAAGACGUCGCUUCAUUUGCAUAAUUUUUCUUGUCUGCGGUGACGCUCAGUUUCGAGGGAGUUCACUGGGGUGUGAGCGUGUGUGUGCGCGCGCGCGUUCAUGUGUGUGUGUAUGUACACGUUGAAGGGCUCACUAGAGCGCAGCCCAUGGCCGGGUUUAAUAUCGAGCUUAAGAACACGGCCACUUAUUCAGCAUGUGAUAUGUUCAGGCGCGAGGGCAGCGGCCUGUGUUCUCUGACCGGGGCGCGCGGAGCUGAUUUUGUAUAAUCUCGCGAUUUUUUGACCGAUCUACAACGGUGGUGGGGGGGAGCAGAGGGGGGAAAACAGAGAGAAAUCAAGAAGAAAGGAAUUUUUGAGUACCCUUCCAGCUGGAGUCAUUCUCUGCUUCCUUUCACGGCUUCCCCCCUCAUGACUCCUGCAAGUGCAGCAGCUCGCGCUUUCUCGUCGUCUUCCCGAUUGAACUUUUCUCCGGAGCCGCGUUUGAUCGAUCUGCGCCGCUGAAUGAGAGGAGCUCGCGCCGUGCUGCGCGCUGCUCGUCAGAGGGGAAGGUUCACCCGAGGAGCCCAUAGGCGGAGAGGAGUCACGUGACCACGUUGUGCCAAUGUUCUUCUACAACGGUGUCAGGACCCUGUCAGCUAGUGAAAUAAACAUUGGGAAACGGCGAGAUGCAAAAGGCGACCUACUACGACAGUUCGGCAAUUUACAGUGGCUACCCCUAUCAAAGUGCAAAUGGCGUAGGUUAUGAUGCCAAUCAGCAGCAAUAUCUCCAGGCCCUUCAUGUGGAAAGUGACUACCACCGGCCGGCCUGUUCCUUGCAGUCUCCUGCCGGCUCCGCGACGGUGCAGAAGCCCAGCGAAAUCGCUGAGGGCUGCCUGCAGAGCAAAGGAACCCAAGCGACCCCAGCACCCGACGAUGAUCAGCCCCCCGCCGUUUCUGCAGGAGUGCCGUCCCCCAGUGCCCUGACUCAAAACCCAAGUAAUAGCCAGAGUGCAAAGAACCCAGGGCACGGCUCCCCAACUUUGGCCACCCGCAAGCAAAUCUUCCCCUGGAUGAAGGAGUCGCGUCAGAACACCAAGCAGAAAUCCUCUAGCACCAGUUCAGUGGAGAGCUGCCCUGGAGACAAGAGUCCUCCCAACUCCUCCGCCUCCAAACGCGCCCGGACGGCGUACACCAGCGCUCAGCUGGUGGAGCUGGAGAAGGAGUUCCAUUUCAACCGCUACUUGUGCCGCCCGCGACGAGUGGAGAUGGCUAAUCUCCUCAACCUGACAGAGCGCCAGAUAAAGAUCUGGUUCCAGAACCGCAGAAUGAAGUAUAAGAAGGAUCAAAAGGGGCUCGGGAUGAUGCCCUCACCGGGGGGACAGUCCCCACAGAGCCCUGUUCUGCCAUCUUCCGGUGGAAUGGGCGUGGGAGGGGGUGGAUACUUAAGCUCGAUGCAUUCUAUGGUCAACAGCGUGCCCUACGAUGCCCCGUCCCCGACGCCCUAUAGCAAACCUCAGUCCAACGCCUACAGCCUUCCUACGUCAUAUCCACCUCCUCUCAACACUUCCUUGAGCAGUAGUUGCCCGCCUUCUCAGAAGCGCUAUUCGGGAACGGGUUCGGCCACGCCUGAAUACGACACGCACCAUCUCCAAGGCAACAAUAACUAUGGGACGCAUGUGCAGGGCAGCCCCGUUUAUGUCGGGGGCAACGGAGGCUAUAUGGACACCAUGGCCAACACAGGGGCCUCAGUGUUCGGCCUCAGCCAUCUCUCUCAGCCUCCUCAUGGCAGCGUCGACUACAACGGCGCAAUCACCAUGGGGAACAGCCAUCAUCAUGGCGCGUGCGAGCCAAGCCAAUGCACAUACACAGACCUUACACCGCACUACUCUCAGGGAAGAAUUCAGGAAGCGCCUAAACUGACUCACCUAUAAUCUGGGAUCAUUGUUCCCUUUUACUUUCUCUGUCCACUGGCACACCUACCACUGCUUCAUUGCCACAGCUAUUCUUUUCUCUUUUUUCAGUCCUUAUAGUUCUCGCGAGUGAAGUAGUUUAGUACCUUUUCUUGUUGCCUGAAUAAUUUUCUAUGAUUUUUUUUUUGUUGUUGCUGUUCAAAAUAGUGUUAUUAGUUCCACAGCCUUGGCGGUCUGUGUGGGACACCAUGCGAGGGCAUGUAUGCAUGAUGCCACCUUUAUUUCA